AUGGCCCGUGGUCCAACAGACCUGCCUGCUAGGUGUAAAAUGACCGAACCCAGUGGGUGUUGGGGAGAAAAAAAUGCUUAAAGUUGAAUACUUCAUCAUACAGUUUUGUCAUUUCAGCUUUAACACGUCAGCUGCAAUAACUGUGGUGGUUUGCUCUGUGUUUGUGUAACUUGUCUUUCAGCAAAAUGCAAUUUUCGUAACCUCAUUGCUGCCUCCGCUCGUUCACAGUGGAAUCCAGUGCUUGCAGGUCAGGCUGAUGUAGCAGCUCAGUGGAUCUCCUCUGUAUUUUCUGUUCCUUGCAAACACAGUGCCUGAUUGUAGCCACUUAGAGUGCCUUAAAAGUCAGUGGGAACUCUGCUGUGACUUAAGAGGUUUAAUUGCAAACUCUUGCAUGCUCUAUUUAUUGUCAUGUAAAUCUCAUCUAAUAAGCAAGCUAAGCAACCUCUUUUGUUCAUUUCUAUUCAUCUGCAGGCUGAAUUAGUGUUCCUUAUACUUACUGAUAGUUUUAUGUGUGUUUGCAUCUCUAUCAGUACCUCUGUUGGUAUAGCAGUAAACAAAAUAGGGAAGUUGGAAUAGUCAAAGUGAAGUUGGAUACAGUCACAGUUCAUACUUGUUUUUAAUCUUGGCACAUGAGCCUGCUAAGUGUAAUUGGCCUUACAGAGAAAAGGGGAAACCAACUGUGCUGUAGUGGAUGCAGGUUUCCAAUAUCUGCUUUGGGAUUUGGAGCCCUGUUUUGAUCAGUGAAGAUCAUCAGUUUGCUCUUGUGAUGAGAUUCUUUAAUGAAAGAACAACCCAAUUGUAUAAUUUGUAGGAAAAUGAAUACAAUGAUACCUGUUAGGCCUGUAGUCUUAGUCUUGUUGACUUAUGACUGCUCACGUUUACUCAGCGAGAGGAGGAGUGGAUUCACACCUACAAGAAGAAACAAACAGGCCAACAACAAACAAGGGCUUCGUGUUGGAGGAAAGCUGAAACCAAAGAGUACAUCAGCCACCAGCCUCUGUCUCACUCCCUCUUUUGCUUUGUUUCCCCAUCCCCUUUUUUAACGUGGAAUGAAUUUGGGGAUUGACGGAUGUUAAAGAAUUGCACUUCUUUGAGCAGCAGCCUUCCAGACAAGGCCUGAACCAUGAAUGCAUGCCUCUGAGAAGCCUUGCAUUGCUAUACAUUGAAUUGCAAGAACAAAAUGGUGCAGUGUUCAUAGCCAGUAAAGCUGGGGUCUGCCUAAGGGCAGAACUCAUGAUGUCAGUGAACAGCUUCGGUUGUUAGCGGGCAGUGUUUGCCUGCCUGCAGGUGACUGCUAUGCACGCUUCUGCAUGCUCACAGCUUUGCAUGUUUCAAAAGAUGUUUGCAGAGCAGCUCUGUGUAUUUUCCAGGUCAGUUAUUUCACCAACUGAAAGAAAACAGGGUUCCAGGACUCUCCUCUCAAAAGUACCAAAUUCCGAAGGAGGUUACUACGAAGAGGGAAGUCGGAGUUUUCCAAAUGCUCCCUGAGAUGGAGAGCAGCUCCUCACUGGUGAUGUUUGUCCUACUAAUGUGCUCCAUCAGCAGCAGCUAUCCAUAUUCGUAUCCAGUGUUCAUGAGGAAAGAUGCAGCGCAUGAGGUGCUGAGGGUCCAUAAACGUGCCAACUACUUUCUAGAAGAGAUCCGCCUGGGGAACUUGGAGAGGGAAUGCAACGAGGAGAAGUGCUCGUUUGAGGAGGCGAAGGAGAUCUUCCAUUCACAGGAGAAAACGAUGGAGUUUUGGUUCAAUUACAAAGGUUUAAAUCCCUGCACUACAAACCCGUGUAAGAAUGGUGGAGUUUGCAAAAUAAGACACUACAAUUACUUUUGCAUCUGCCCCCCGAAAUUUGGAGGAGACAACUGUGAAAAAGAGAAGUUGGAGUGCUGGUACAAGAACGGCGGCUGCUGGCAGUACUGCUGGGACAGAGGCUCCUUCCAGGUGCAGUGCUCCUGUGCCAAGGACUACACCCUGCACAAGGACGGGAAGAAGUGCGUGCAAGCAGCCCCGUUUCCAUGUGGCCUGAUUAGAUCCCGGCGUGCCUCGGAGGAAGCACGGCACAAGGUGGCCACGUGGAACAUGAGCACAGCCCAUGCAGUUAAACAGGCCAAGGUGAAGCAAAGUGCUGCUGGGGAAAAGGAAGAUUUAAAGGAUGCAUCUGGGCAAAGCACAGCCAUGGAGGACGAUGGUGGGGACCCCAAUCAGCAGCACACAGAGGGAGCGGCCUGGCAGAAUGAGACAACAGCAGCUGCCAUGCAGGAGGACAUGGGGGAGAACACUUCUGAGCAGAGCACCGGGCAGAACAAAACAGGGGCAGUUGAGCACCUGCGUGGUGCUCUCAAUGAGAGUGACAGUGCAGAUGUUCCAGCCACACCUCAGCACCCCCAGAGAAACGCCAGCGCUCCCGCAGGGCACAGCGACACCAGGAUCAGCGGAGGAACUCUGUGCCACCGGGGACAGUGCCCCUGGCAGGUUUUGAUCCGUGACAGCAGAGAUGUUGGUUUCUGUGGAGGGAGUUUGAUCAACAGUCGCUGGGUGAUCACAGCUGCUCACUGCCUCGAUCUUGUCAGACCUCACCACGUUACCAUAGGUGACUUUGACAAGUAUCGAAGAGAACUGAAGGAGCAGAAGAUAGGCGUGGAACGGAUCUGGACGCAUCCACACUACGAUUCCAACAACUACAAUGGGGACAUUGCCUUGCUGUACUUGAGCAGUGAGGUGGUUUUUAACGAGUAUGCCAUUCCCAUCUGCCUGCCCAGCCCCAACCUGGCAGCCCUGCUGGCAGAGGAAGGACGAGUGGGGAUGGUCAGUGGAUGGGGUGCCACCCACAGCCGGGGCUCCACGCUGCACUUCCUCAUGCGGGUGCAGCUGCCCAUAGUGAGCAUGGACACGUGCCAGCAGUCCACAAGGAGACUGGUCACAGACAACAUGUUCUGUGCUGGAUAUGGCACUGGAGCUGCGGAUGCGUGCAAAGGUGACAGCGGAGGCCCUUUUGCAGUGUCUUACCAAAACACCUGGUUCCUGCUUGGCAUUGUAAGCUGGGGUGAUGGCUGUGCCGAAAGAGGAAAAUACGGUGUGUACACAAGAGUGUCCAAUUACAUCCCCUGGAUUAAAGAGACUGUUGAAAGCGUGGCAGAUUCAGAAAAGUUUUCCAUUAACUUUUCUUAAGAGCGACCUUAAAAAUAGGGACAAUUCUUUUAUUACAGCUUUUCCUUUCCUGUCUCUGAUGCUGAAAGUCAGGCUUGUCUGUAAAGGAAUGCUGAAUCUCAAUUUACCAUAAUUUGUUAAAUCGCUCAGUAGAUAUUAUUAAGCAAAAAACAUAUAUAAUAAAGAACUACUCCCGCAACAACGAAGGUGACAACUCAGCUUCUUUCUGAAGAUAGCAGUAGAAAGGUCAGUUUGGGUGGCUAUUUUUUCUUGCCUCUCACGCCUAUGCUCACAUCACAGUGGGCCUGCAGGGGCUGAUCACUCCGAAAAGGAAGCACUUGGCAGGCGGUGCUGUCUGCUCUUUGGCUGUGAAGCAGCAUGCUGGUACAGUGGUCACGUAUUGAGGAAGUUCUGUAGUGUCUGCCUGUUGCUUCAAGUACAAUUCAAUCCACUGAUAUGCAAAUGCUUUGCGAUACAAGAAGUUGCUGAGUAAAAUCUAGCAGAAGCAAGCUGUACUGGCUGCACUGCCCGGGAGAGAGACUAUACAAGAGGAGCUACAGAACACAGACCUGCAGCACAUAAUAAAGGGCCAAUUUUUACACCUUUUUCCUGAAGGAAAAACAUAUGCUUUUUAAUUUUCAAGACUCCCGCACUGCCUCACAGAUAUCAUUUCUCUCUCCCAGUGCUUGCUGAAAAGCAGCAUACACACAGGAGCACUUUCUUCUGCUGCAGUUAAUGGGUGGUCUUUUUUACCCAUCUCCAAAGAUGUUCUCACUUUGUCCCCUCUCCUACAAUUCACCAGUAUGCUCCCAUAAAAAACAAGUCUCACUCAUUAUUAGUUCUUCUCUUCAACUUCGUGGACCACCAGGGGUCUGUAGUUAACAAAACUCUUAAGAUAAAUACCCCCCGGUGCCUCAUGUGCGCAAUACCAUAACUACCAUAAAAAAAAAAAGGUUUGGGGACUGCGGGGGGAGGGCUGGGAAAGCCAUCCUAACCCCAGACCUUCACCUGCCAAUAUGGCAAUAAGGAAUCCAGCCUGUCAGUCAAUUCUUAAUUAAAAAGAACAUAAAAACCUUGGAACACUUAGCAGGCUAAAAAGUGACACAUACCUGAGCUCAGUUACCUAAAUAAGAUUACUUAUUUGCUCUUACCAAGCAUACAAGUGGGAUUCCUUCAGCAGCCUCCAGUGCAAGCAUCCUUCACUGUUUGCUCAAAGGUCACAUUCCCCUUCAGGCUAACAAGGGCAGAUCUCAAAUGCAAGCAUCAUCUUCUUACAUUCUUCUUUGUUAUUGUUUCCAGCUGACUCUGAGUGCCUUCUGGGUCAGUGCACACCGAAACCCCACCUCAAACCCAGCAGCCAAGCUCCACCCAGGCAGUCUAAGUGCAGAGCACACAGUGCCCAGUCACCUGUCAGUCCUCCUCAGCAGCCUCAUUAACCUUCACUCAAAAGUCUGGCUUACUGUAAAAAUGAUCUACACUAUUGUGCUUCACAGGAAAGCCCUUCAGCUGCAGCCACCUGAUCUCCAGCAGCAGUCACCACUGAAGGCUGUGCUCAUGGCACAACAGAUCAAUAACAGCAUCACCUUACUCACUGCAAGCACUUCAGCUGGAAGCUGUUGGGUUUUUAGUAGUCUCUGUUGGUCCUCUCUUGAGCUCUGCACCACACAUUCGUAACAAAUGAAGUCCUUCAAGUGGAAGAUGGCCAGUAUUUCUGUUGUGCAGAUCUCCAAAGACAGGAAGAGUGAUUAAUAUUUAAAAAGCACUGAACACAUAAG